UAAUAGUCGUAACCCAAGUAGACCUGGAGCAGUAUCAGCAUACACAAAAAGACGACAAUGUUGGAUGAUGAAGAUACAGAAGCGCAUGGCUCACUCUCGUCAAGAACAGAAACAAAAAAUUAUCAUUUUCCGUAGUGGGAACAAGAAGCACACGACUAAAGAGUACAAGAACUAGAACCAUUUCUAGUUGUCUCGUCGUCGUGUGCAGGUGAAGUGCAUGAAAUAGGACUAGUCUAGCAGAACUAGUUCUCCUCCUGCUCCUUUUGGAUGGCCUAGAAUGAGCAAGACAUACGACUAGAACUAGUAGUCGUCCUCUCGUCCGAUGGCAGUCGACGAGGGGCUGCGGCCCCUUUGGCGGCCGAAAGCCAAGUCGUCCUCUUCAGGGUCUACUACCGGAGCAACAAAUUCAACUCGUGGAGGCUCUAGUGGAACUCGUGGUACAACUACAAAUGCAACCACUAAGUCAACUACUCAUAGAGGCGGUAGGCGUGCAAAACCUCGCGGAGGAGGAGGAGGAGGUGGAGGGUCUGGAUCUGGAACCGGAGGUGGACCUUCUGCCUCAGCUUCUGCAUCAACAUCAAUGGCUGAGAGUAGAGAAAGAGACAAUUAUACUUAGGGCCUCACUUACUAAACUCAUAAUCGUGAUCCAUCUUUGCGCUCAUGCUCAUCUCUGUUGAGUUGUUUUCAAGUAGAAAAGUUGACACAGAUGAAGAGGCAAAAGAUGGAUUCUUGUAGUGAGCUCUAAAAUACACAAACUACAACGUCAUCUUCUAGUAGGAGGGCAGAACAUGAACAAGUCGAAAGUCGCAGUAGUAGAGGCGGGUCUUUUUACACACCAGUAGGCGCAGAAGCUGCCGGUGGUGGUACAA